AUGGAUUCCAGUAGGGUGGAAACAUCCCAGAAGCUUAGCGAGCUAGCUGAGCGUCUCCGUCGUUACCAACCGCUCAACCAUUACUCGCAAAACCCAGAACCCAGAAUCAAUGAUCACUCAGAAAUUCUUCAGAGAAAGGAUUCCAUCUCAGAGGGGAUGGAAAAUCCCAAUAUCAGCCAAACUAGCAAAGUCAAAUCCAACAAAGCAGCAGUCUUGAUCUGUCUAUUUGAAGGAAGUAGUGGCGAAAUUCGCGUGAUUCUUACCAAGAGAUCUUCAACUCUGUCCUCUCAUCCCGGUGAAGUUGCGUUGCCUGGUGGAAAAGUUGAAGAAGGUGAUGCUAAUGAUGUUGAAACGGCAUUGAGGGAGGCCAAUGAGGAGAUUGGAUUGGACCCUUCACUUGUAAAUGUAGUUACCGUUCUUGAAUCCUUCACAAAUAAGAGGGGCAUAUCAGUUGUUCCUGUCAUUGGCAUCCUGAAGGACAGAAAAGCAUUUGUUCCAAUGGCCAAUUCGGCUGAAGUGGAAGCAAUUUUCGAUGCUCCCCUAGAAAUGUUUCUCAAAGAUGAAAACCGUAGGCAAGUGGAGCUAGAGUGGAUGGGAGAAGAAUAUGUACUCCAUUUCUUUGAUCAUGAAGUGGAAGAUGGGACAUUCGUGAUUUGGGCUCUGACUGCCGGAAUUUUAAUCAGAGCAGCAUCAAUCAUAUACCAACGGCCACCCGCCUUUCAAGAACGGAGGCCAACUUUCUGGAGUAGAAGUGGUCUGUGA